CCUUGAGAGCUCAUGAUCAGCACUUGGAAGCAAAUAGUGGACCAUUGAAACGUUCGUUAUCGAGACCGCGGAAUGAUAUUGGGGGAACCUCGGACAAGUUGGCCGCCCCCGCCACUGGUCGUGCGUAUCCUAUUGGUCGCAGCUUGAGCAGAGGGAAGAAACAACCUCUGAAGAGCGUAGCGGCGGUGAUUCAGGCUGAUAUUUCUAUGGUGAUGCGGCGACGGGCAAUCGACGGGUACGGCCUCAGUAGACCUGAUCACAAUUCCCUUGUAGCCCAGGACGACCAUGACCCGUAUGAUGGUUCAUCUCAAAUGCUUUCCGAUGUGUGGAAGUGGAUAUCAUAUAGUCGUGAAAUUCUAUGCGUACCUACAUCAAAGCUUCACGGUUUUGAUUUCAGCUACGAGGGGCUACUCAGCAUUUGGGAAGGGUUCCCGGCGUUUAUGCACACAUCAUCAUAUGAGGGCGCUCCGGCUUAUAGCAAUACAUUGAACGUCGCUGAAGCUUCGGAUUCUUAUCAAGGUCGUCGUACUGCUUCUCCAGCAGUCGAUUUACAAGGGAAUUUCUUCGCUGCUCUCUCGGAGUUGUUGGACCGUAGUGAUCUAGACUUGGUCAGGUGGAAGCCUGUGGUGAUGACUUCCAAGUUGUUGCAACGACAAGUAGCUCUUCAGUUGACGGGCUGGAGUCUUAGGGAGGAGGAACUUAUGGCGGAUAUUAAGAGGUGGGAGGGUGACGGAAAGAUAUCGCGAGCAGCGUGUUGGCUGGUCUUCACCAAACAUUAUGCCAAGGCAGUAGAACUGCUUUUGCGAAGUGAAGAUGAGAGUCACCAUAUGAUGUCCGGAAUUCUCGCGGCUCUAACACCACAUGGAUCGUCUGCUGCUUUGAGACAUUCAGAGCUGCGAGAACGUGUAAUCGUCAAGCUGCAGGAUCCCUAUUUCAGAGCUAUGCUCGUUCACUUGACGUUGGGUGACUGGCGCGAGGUUCUCGACGAGGAGGUCCUGCCCUUCCGAGAACGUCUAGCCAUCGCUUUCCAGUUUCUCGAUGACAAGACUUUAACUUCGUACUUGCGACGAGUGAAAGAACGGAGGGUCCGUGGAGACAUCGACGCUAUGAUCGUCACUGGGUUGACGAAAGCCGGGAUAGAUCUCCUCCAAGCUUAUGUGGACAAGUCCGGCGAUAUACAGACUGCUGCUAUCAUGGCAUCUUAUGUCUGCCCGACCAAGUUUUCUGACGCACGGGUUGAUCGGUGGUUGGAUGCGUACCGCGAUCUUCUGGACGGGUUCAAGCUCUUCCACCAUCGGGUGGAUUUUGAUAUCCUCCGUGGGCAGAUUAUCCAAGGGGCGAUUGAGGAUGGGUGUAUACCUCCUCGUGAAUGGGUGCCUAGGCAAAUUUUGAUUAGGUGUAAUUAUUGUAAUAAGCACCUCAGUGACGAGGGACCUGAGAGUGCCCGACGCGGGAAGGCUACGUGUCCUCAUUGUGGACGGUCCUUGCCCCGAUGCUCUGUUUGUCUGAUGACUCUGAGCGUUAUUCCCGAUGGCGCUCGGGAUGUGGAGCUUGCGCGUUCGCAGACUCAAUAUAUAGAUACUAUCGAUGAUGCUAUUGUUAUGUGUCAGACGUGCAGGCAUGGUGGUCAUGCCUCACAUAUUCUUAAUUGGUUCUUUGGAGAGGAUGGGGGUCAAUUUCAUGCGACGUGUGCCGUAGCCAAUUGUGACUGUACAUGCGCUAACGAGUUUUGAUUCACAACCGGUGUGGAACGUGAACUGACGCUGAUUAUGAUUAUCGGCAUAUCUGCGUAAAAGUGAUAGUAUGAUAAAUACGCGAUCUAGUGGGUGGGAAGGUGACUUAUUUAACUCUUGACUUUCGCUACUAUGUCGUUCUAGGCAACCAGCGGUGACAAUUUCACAGAGUAUCUUUCUUCGAAUCCUGUCGUUCGAGGCCCGUCGUUCGUGACAGCACGGAUCAUGGCGUCGAAGUCAAAGCGGU